GGCGGACAGCGAAGAUGGCGGAGCUUCAUGUCGAGGAGGAGCACGACUGGAGCGACUGGGCCCUGGACACCGCCGAGGACACCCUGAUAGCCAUGGAGACCCUGCUGGCCACGCUGCGAGCCUUCGAGGACGUGCUCAGGCAGCAAGACAUCUCCGUAGCAUCCUCCACGGAAUACUGCGACAACUUCUGCCAGGCGCUGAUGCACUAUGCUGGGAGCAGGAACUCCAUGGAGCAUGGCCUGCCUCUUCUGGAGGUCUACUGCUUGUCCAUAAACUGCUUUGCUGCAGCUCGAUCGCACCUCACUGCAGAGUCUGACAGGGUGGCCCUUGUUUUGAAGAGACUAGCUUUGAGCUGUUUUGAACUGUUACUGUCGGUGCCUGAGAAUGAAAUCCCAUAUGAAGCCUGGGUUCAGUUCAACCACUCUGUUCAGGUUGCCCAUGAUAAUUUACUACAGUAUGGAAGCACAGACCUCCAAGCUUUACUGCAGAUCACAGGAGAGGGUGGAGCGUGGAGCAACCCGGUCCUUACCGCUCUCCUCACCGGUCUGCAAACAAACGCAGAGGAAGUUGAUGCAUACAUAAACUUGGAGGGCGAGGGCUUCAUGGAGAUGCGAGUUAAGCAUCUGGAGAAGAAUGGUGAAUUGGCCAAAGCUGUGGUGUUGGCCAAAGCUUGCACUGAAUGCAGCUUCAUUCCCAACCAAGCCAUGUUUCGUCAAACAUUCGUCUCUCUGCUUUGUCACCUGCUGCCCAGUGAAGAAGCCAUAAUGGAGAUAUCCAGACUGGACUGUAAGGAUGUACUGGAAAUCACAUGUACUUUGGAGUCAGAGGGCGAGGAAAAUACAGCUUUUAUUCUGUGCACAACGUUCCUGACACAGCAGCUGCAACAGCAGAGUCUUUAUUCCUCCUGGGAUUUGAUUCUGUUGUGGAGUAAGCUUCAGAAGAGGCUGGACCCGUCAUUGGUGUCUCUUUUGGAGCGUUGCCUUCAGCUUGGUGCCAUUGCCAAAACAGUCCAACAUUUGCUUUACCUGGUCCGUGUGAUUUACACGGAGGCAGAGGAACUUGGAAUACCUGCUUCAGUAGAACUUUGUGUGAAAGCCCUUCAACUUCCAAAGCAGGAUGACUCCGAAACGAGAAUAUCUGUCUGUAAGAUGAUGUCCUGCCUUCUUCCAAAUGAUCUUGAGGUGUUGCGUGCCUGUCAACUCACCGAGUUCCUGCUUGGCCCCGGGCAGGAAGCCUUCACUUGUCUUGAAGAACUUUACUCACGCCCUGAUCAAAAGAAUGACCAGGAAAGUGAGGUUAUUCCCAACUCACUCAGAUGCGAGUUGCUCCUGGCACUGAAAGCAUACUGGCCUUUUGACCCGGAAUUCUGGGACUGGAAAACUCUUAAGUAUCACUGCGUCUCCCUUCUGGGGUUAAGGCCUGAGUCAGAGGGGGAAGAGGAAGAAGAGGAGGAAGUAGACAACCAAGCAAAGGUUAAGCAACAGGAGUUACAGGGAACUACCAUUAGAGUAAAGCCUGAACCCCACAGCAGAAUCAACGGAGGUCUUGAUGGUUGUGAGUGGAAGGAUAAAAAACCGUCUAUUAAUUCCACAGAAGUCAAAUCAGAUCCUGAGAAAAAGAAGCAAAAGUUAUACUGUAAGAUUUGUAAGAGGUCAGUCUCUGAUGCUCAAAUCAUUCACCACUCCAAAAGACACGCACAGGACAACAAUCACCGCUGCCCCGUCUGCUUGGAAAAGUUUAAGAGCAGGAAGGACCUCGUUCCUCACAUGAAAUCACACCUUCAGAGCAAAAUAAAUUCUCAGAACAAUGUAAAGAGCGAAGAAGUGCAGAAGCAAAUAGACGAGGAUGACGACAUUGAACCCGGCGAGAUCCCCAUCGACCCCUCGUUGAUGCUGUAUUACAAAUCCACACACGACCCCGAUGUGCUGCACCACAUCGUGGAGCAGGCCAAAACUGUGAAAGAGAAGCAUGCAGACGACGACGAGCAUGUAACGUUCGAUUACAUCUACCAACACUUCAAACUGCAGAACCGGGAUGUGUAUCCGUGUCCCGGAACCGGAUGCACGCGGGUAUUUAAACAUUCCAAGUACCUGUAUGUUCACUUAAAGUCGGAACACAAGGGGGACGAGAAUGUCAAGUAUUUUCAUCAGAUAAGAGACAAGCGGGAGAAGUGUGUGUUUUGUAGACGUCAUUUCGUCUCGGCUUACCAUCACCGCAAACAUAGAAGAGCUCACUAUGGUGAUCAGCCGUACAUGUGUAUGAUUAUAGGCUGCGGCGGACAGUUCAGGACAUCCAACGAACUAGUGACACACAAGCAGACCCAUGGCUAUCAGCUGAACUAUCAGUGUGAGCUGAAAGGCUGUUACGUAACUUACUCCGACUUGGGUCAGAUAUAUCACCAUGAAGCGCAGCAUUUCAGAGAUGCAGCUUUUACCUGCACUAGCAAUGAAUGUAGGAAGUUCUACCUGUCCAAACAGGAUUUCAUUAAACAUUUGUCCACUCACAACAUCACUUUCACAGAAGAUGACUUUGAGGCUCAGAGGAAGGCAAAGCGGAAACGCUUUAAGGCUGUUUGUGAAGCAACAGUGCGCGUUAAUAAGUCCGUUGAACCAACAGACGCUGUAAAUGGAGACGUCCUGAACUCCUCACCAGUGAGUUGUGCCUCCUCUUUGCAAGAAUCUGACGUCAAUGAGCCCAAGCCAACUAUGACUCUGGUGGCUGUGUGCUUCGACGGAAGCAAGUUUACAUGUGGCUUUGAGAAAUGUGGAAUGACCUUUUCCAGAGCCAGAGAUGUGCAGAGGCAUCUGAAAUGUGCUCACCCAGAACAUCUAAAACUAGAGAACAAGGAACACAAACAUGACAAAGAGCAGGGUUCAAAGUCCAAAGGGGUGAAGACCGAACCUGACACCGAAAGUGCAGAAAACGGAAAACAUGAGCUUCCAACUCCAUGUCAGUCAGCGGAGGCUGGCAAAGAGAAAAAGACGUUCUCUAAUCCAAAAAGCAAAGACACGCACUCUUUAAGCCUUAAUACAAAAAAUGAUGCGCUGAAAGAAAUUCUUAUUGGUCUGAGUAAACUGAGCUUGAACUGCUCAUCGUCUCACAGCUUGCCGACUGAGCCCGCAGACUCCAAACUAAACUCAAACACAGCGCAAAUGUCUCUUCAUCAAGCAAUCAUUGCAAAGCCUCCUUUUGUCUUGCUCAAGAAGAGACCAAACUUAUCUGAGGAACAGGCAAAAGUAAAAAAGGAACAAGCAUCAGUAACAAAUGAGGACAGCGAUUUGGAAUCGUCAUUAGCCAGUGCUAAGCCGUACAUCUGUGGGGUGAAAGGAUGUGGCUUCAGGACUGCUCAGAGUUACAACCUACUGCGCCACUACAACACAAAACAUGGCUGCAGCGUUGAACAGGCCAGGAAGCUGGCCUCUGUUAAACCUUACGUGUGCCACCUUUGUUCAAAGAGUCACAGAGAAAAGCACGUAUUGAAGGCCCACUAUAUUAAAACCCAUAACUUGAGUGAGACUUUUGUCGACAAAAUGAGCUGCAAAUCCGUACCUUUCAAGGGAAGCGACGGGCCUGUGACUCCAGUUAAACCAAAAUCAGAGCCCUUGACGAACCACGGUCCAAAAGUGAAGAAAGAGACCCCUAAGGCGCCACGCCAGCAAGAGCCAACAAACUCUGCCACGAUUAGAGAAAAUGGACAAAACUUGAACAAUCACCCCCCGUCUAAUGAGGACGCAGAAAAUGGAGAGGAAGAUGACGAGCAAAAAACUGAAAGUGAGGAUGCAACCACACAACAGGUCAGAACAACGAGACGUUUAGUAGCCAAAAGCAAUAUGUGCUAUUUUGUGGACAAAUUUAGUAAACCCUUUCAUUGUGUGGUGAAGAAUUGUGAGGCCGCUUUUUCCACUCAAGGAAGCCUUGUCCGCCACCUACAGUGUGUACAUCGUUACAAUCGCUCUCAGCUCCUGUUGGACAAAGACAACGAUCUACAGCGCAGUUCAGAAAUGAGAAAAGAAACGGCAAAAAAAAGACCUGUCCCAAACUCAGAUGAACCUCAGCCCCGAUUCAAAUGUCACUUUGGUAACUGCAGCGCCUCCUACCACCUCAGGAGCAGCUUAGUGCGUCACACUCGCGAAUGGCACUCUCAGUCUCCCGAACUAAUAAGGUGCAAGUAUGAUGGCUGCACAAGAGUGUUCAGCCAUGAUGCUGCGCUAAAAAAACACACGCUAUACAGUCACUGUGAGUACUACGAUUCACUGGUGGUACGACUACAAAGCACCCACAAAAAGUCAAUUACUGGAUGCCAAAAAAAGCUCAUAGUGACACCACAGAGCCCUCAUAAAGAAGACUCUAGUUCACCAAUCACACACAACAAGAGGUCAAAUCCAGAGCCUGACGCGAGUCACGCAACGGCCCAGAAGAAGAAACCGUGUGACGACAGCAUGGAAAAAAAGAAUGUGUCAGGAGACAGAAGGAAGUCCAAAAGAAUUGGAAUGAGCAGUUAUGUUUUUAGAUCUCAUGAAGAAGCACUACAAAUGUGUCAAGACCGCUGCUUGCGCGUGGCCUACCCGUGCAUGGUUCAGGACUGCGACUCUGUCGUCACGUACUUGAACAGUGUAAUCCGUCACUACGUGAGGGUGCACUCUAUGGCUCGAAACGAUAUUUAUAAAAAUGUAAAUAAGCUUAUUUUCACUGCUGAGAAGCUUGAGGAACUGAUUCAAAGGAAGUCGGCCAGGCCACGUGUUAUCAAAGCAGGCACUCCUAAUGGGGUGCACAAAGUAGAGUACCAAUCCGAAGAGGAAGAGGCCGAGGAAGAGGCAGAGGAAGAGGCAGAGGAAGAGGCAGAGGAAGAGGAAGAGGAAAAGCCUGCGACCAUGAGCUUGAAGACGGUCGAUGCUGAAACACAAGAAGAAAAGCAAGAUCCAGAAGACGUCCCUGAGGAACAAAAGGAAGAACUUCCACCCCUUGAGAGAAAUGGGGACCUUGUUGUUGCAGAUGAGGGGCUUAAGGACGAAGCGAGCACAGGUGGGCCUGCCGAGGAUCCACCUGCAGCGCCGCAGAACGCCCCAAAACAGGAGGAGAGGUUAAGCUUGGAUCAAAUCAAACCACUUCUUCGUCCACUAACCGUUGACCUCUCCACACCGUGCCCAUUGCUUUUUACUACUGAGGAGGGCUUCCAAGAUGCACCGAGCAACAAGGACUAUGGUAAAAUGGUUAACGGGUCAAUCACAUUGAACUCUCCUGCUCGUCAGCCGCUGAAACGCAAAAACGAACUACCCGAACAGCCUUCAAACUUAAAAGAAACCCGGAGUGAUAGUCCUCCGCCAUGCUCUUUUGACAUCACUGCCUAUAAGCCAAUGGGCUUCGAGUCGUCAUUUCUGAAGUUUAUACAAGACACCACUCCAAAAGACAAAAGCGCAAGAGAAAAACGACGGGAAGCAUUAAGACGCGGCUGCUCCGUCAAGGAGAACAAAGAGCUGGGAGUCUGUCUCACCCGCUGCAGACGCUCUCAUUCCCUACUGGUGAAGUCCCACGGGACGACUGAAGACUUCACGUCCAUACAAAACUUGAAGUCCAUCCUGGACAAAGCCCUGGCGGGGUGUGGGGACCUGGCCAUUAAGCAGCUUCAGUACCUCAGACCGGUGGUGGUCCUGGGGAAACCCGUGUGCACCACCACCAUGCCUGACCUCUUCCCAUCAGACACCAAGAGCAAACCUCUUCUUGGAAGUUAGUUGAACUUGGCACCUUUAACGUUGAUAUAUUACUUUACAUUUUCACAAGCAAUGUAUCAGUAUUUUUAUUUCUUCCAAAACUGAAGAUAUGUUUGGUUAUUGGGGAUUUCUUCUUGUUUGUUUCAAAGUUGCCAAACACGUUUUGUAGAAAUAAGCAUAAAUAGGGGGGGGGGACUCAACAGUGCACAUAAGAUCCAGUUUGACUGUAUUUUGUCAAUGAUUCUGAGAGCAAUCGGAUUGCGCCUGAUAUUCAUUAAACCAUAAUCAUAAGUGUAUAUACUAUAGCCUCCAAGAUAAAUGUACAGCUUUCCAGAUUGUUAGAAAUGGUCAGUAGCGAAUUGCAAAGCCUUUUCACUUUUGUGAAAAUGUGACAAAGUAUUUCCUUACUUUAAAGUUCUCAAGGAAAAUUAUUGGUUAUUUUUCACCUCAGUUUAUAUAUCAGUGUUUGGCUGCAGUGGAGAUGUUGGGAGACAUGUAUGUAACACUUUCUAAUAAAGUAAGUGUGGAAAUUAA